GUGCAGUAUCGAUAGGAUCGAUAUUUUAAAAUAAUCGAUGACAUCGAUGUUGGCAUCGAUGUUUCACCACCUCUAAACAGAACGUGUGAGACUUUCCCAAUUUUGUACAAAACACAAACAAGAUGGCACAAAGCAAACUGAAUGAUCUUGCGGGCAAGCUGGGCAAAGGUGGUCCGCCGGGACUGGGAAUCGGACUGAAGGUCCUGGCCGCCGUGGGAGCAGCUGCCUAUGGUGUCAGCCAGUCCCUGUACACCGUUGAGGGUGGUCACCGGGCCAUUAUCUUCAGCCGUCUUGGCGGCAUCCAGAGCGACAUUUACUCCGAGGGCCUGCACGUGCGCAUCCCUUGGUUCCAGUACCCUAUCAUCUAUGACAUCCGCUCGCGCCCCCGCAAAAUAUCCUCGCCCACUGGCUCCAAGGAUCUGCAGAUGAUCAACAUCUCGCUGCGAGUGCUGUCGCGUCCAGAUUCCCUGAACCUGCCCUUCCUGCACAAGCAGCUGGGCGUGGACUACGACGAAAAGGUGCUGCCCUCCAUCUGCAACGAGGUGCUGAAGAGCGUGAUUGCCAAGUUCAAUGCCUCGCAGCUGAUUACCCAGCGCCAGCAGGUCUCCCUGCUCAUCCGCAAGGAACUUGUGGAGCGUGCCCGCGACUUCAACAUCAUCCUGGACGAUGUGUCCCUCACCGAGCUGAGCUUUGGCAAGGAAUACACGGCCGCCAUUGAGGCCAAGCAGGUGGCUCAGCAGGAGGCCCAGCGGGCCGUCUUCUUUGUGGAGCGCGCCAAGCAGGAGAAGCAGCAGAAGAUUGUCCAGGCCGAAGGAGAAGCCGAGGCUGCUAAAAUGUUAGGUCUGGCCGUCAAGCAGAACCCAGCCUACCUCAAGCUGCGAAAGCUGCGUGCCGCCCAAAGCAUUGCCCGCACGAUUGCCAGCUCACAGAACAAGGUCUACCUGUCGGCGGACAGCCUGAUGCUCAACAUCCAGGACUCUGGCUUCGAUGACAUGACCGAGAAGGUUUACAAAAUUGGCACCGGUCUGCCCAAGGACUGGCUGGAUUCCCGGAAAAUGGCCGCCAAGGUGGCCCAGCCGGCGGAGAAGGAGAAGAACGUGGCCAAUGUGGCGAGCAGCAUGGCCGAGCGGAUGAUGUGAGUGGCUGAUUCACUCCUUAGCGGGGGCUUCCUCUCAAGAUCCUAGUACAAAGCGCACUGAACAGAACGCCGACUUCGUCGCACACGAUUACGAAACACAUACUUAUCGUUUUAAUUGCGUGUAUAAAAUACAUAAGAAUAGUACAUAA